AUGUUCAACAGUGACUGCAGAGAAGAUGGAAGAACAGUGUGCUGUUGCAAAAGUGACAAAAGUUAUUGCCGUAUGUUGCACGUAACAAAUUAUAUUCUUGCACUGAUAUUUGAAAAUUAAAAAACAAAAAAACAAAGCGAGGGUUUUAGAAGAUAGGAUCGAACGCCAGUUAAGUGAGCAGUCAUAAGAAUAUAUAUAAUUAUCUUUAAUUUUUUUUUGUUUUUGUCGUGCUUAUCAGCCUGUUGUAAGAACGGGAUAGUAACCAUAAACUAUUGGUUUUCAACUGAUAACUUCGGUAUGUAAACUUUUUUUACUCGUCUCCAACGUGGUGAUGGUAGCUAUACUUCUAUAAUAAUGUCAUUCUCGGAGACCCAGGGGCAGUCAGUCGGGUCGGGAGAAAAGGCGGGACGAAAGUUUUCAAGUAAGGGCGAAAGAGUUCCUGGGUACCAACUCUCACCGAACUAUUUCCAAAAACUCAAGCGGCUGGCGGCUAGUGAUUGGGCACACAAAAUGCUUUGUAUUAUUGUGCCCAAUCGGCGAACAGCUUCGCCUGAGUUCUUUUCAUGAGUUCGUACACGACAGCUAUUGUCUCGCCACACAUGCCGAGCUCGUUCACCAAGCUUGUGCGUGCAAGGGAAACUUUUUUUUCUACUUUCCUAUCCAGAAACGAAGGAACUACGGAUGAGUCGAAAAAAACGUUUGGGAUGCUAUGAGCAGGAGCAAUUGAAUUUGCCCCGAGAAUAUUCUGUUUUUGACGGAUCAAAAUGUAUCGUAAAAUAAUAGGAAGUUUAAGAUGUGGCGGCGACAAGAAAGUCAAAUAAGCAAUAGCUUGACAAGGCAAAACAACAACUUUGCACGAGCAUCACGCUUUUUUGUACAUUUCUUUGCCGUCAACUGUACGACGUAACCCGUGAACAUGCCUAAUUUCACGUUUUGUGAAGGACGUAAACUGAAGCAAUGACAAAAUUCAUUCUCUUCAUGAACGUGGAUAUGGUUGUAGAAAUUCAGCUCCAGAAUAGUUCGCUUGAAUUAUUUGACAAAGUAAGCGAGCUGGAAUAAUCACGAUAGAGACUGAAAAAAGUAUGAAGUCACUUUUCCAUGCGACGUUUUCGUGGCAGUAAGCCGUCGUAGUAUCUUUUAAAAACUCUCUAUAAAUAUUUACGCAAGACGUGGCCGAUGCACACGUGAAUACCUGUUGCAAGCUGAAGCUCGUAUUUUUGGAAAAGCGUCUUUAGUUUUCGGCCAGACAGUCUUUUGAAAUCAGAUGGGUAUUUUAUAUCAAAACUGAAAAUUUCCUGACUGCGUGCAUUUCUUUGGUAUAUGAGACAGACAAGCCGUGAUCGAGACAAUAGCCGUCGUGUACGAAAACACGAAAAGAACUCAGGAGAUGUGUUCGUCGAUUGGGCACAAUAAUACAAAGCAUUUUUUGUGCCCAAUCAGGAGCCGGCAUCCGCUUGAAUUUUUGGAAAUGGUCCGGUGAAAGUCGGUACCCACGGGCUCUUUCGCCCUUACUUGAAAACUUUCUUCCCGCCUUUUCUCCCAACUCGACCGACUAUCCCUGGGUCUCCGAGGAUGUAAUUAUGUCUGAAUAGAGGUAUUUUGCACAUUAUUUUGGCGUGGGUGUCGGCGGGAAUCUCGAGUAGUUUAGAAUGGUCAAUUUACUCCUCUGACUGUCGAGUAACUGUGGAGUUAGGUCGAGUCUAUGACGUCACCGUCGCCUAUCUCUCUUUUUAUAUGGUAAAUACCGUCUAGACCUGUAUAACGAUAACACUGUCGAGUUAGUAUCAAGUCGUUCUUUUCACACGAAGUGAGGUUCUCUCUUAUAAAAGAGGAACAAUAGGCUUGUCCCAUUGUUUCCAGUAGUGUACUAUGUUGCAUUAUAAGCCCCGUAGGGGUAUAGGUAUAAGUAAAUCAUUAACAUUCAACUGCGUUCCUGCAUAUUAAUUUGGUAGUGUCGAUUAGGUAUAGGUAAAUCAUUAACAUUCACAUACCUUGUACUGUCGCAAUUUGUAAUACCUGUCGCGAUUUGUAAUAAAUCCAUCGCACUUUGUAAUACCUGUCGCAAUUUGUAAUAAACCGUGUCGCACUUUGUAAUAAAAAAGCUGUCGCAAUUUGUAACAACUGUCCAUCGCACUUUGUAAUAAACUAAGCUGUCGCAAUUUGUAAUAAUUCCAUCGCACUUUGUAAUAACUUUUUGAGAGUAAUUAAACUUACUUCGUCAACAUUAAUAUAACGCCAAAAUAUGCAUGGUACUUCAUAAACAAAGAUGGAGAUGACGUCUGCUAGCACGUAACAUCUCCGCUCAUUCAAACAUUUAACUUUAUUCACAGUCCUAAACAUUUUUUUAGAUUAAUGUUGAUUAGUUAUCUGACUUACGAAAUGCUGUAUUCUUGAACCUUGCUAUUGUACUAGGUGGCUUGCAUUCAAUGGUUACCCAGCGGGUGUACUUCCUUAUAUGGCCAAUACGGGGAUGUGUCUCUGGACAGAGCAUUGCCAGAGUAGAGGAUCUAGACAGAGCUAGACACACUAGACACAAACAAGCCAUUAUUAAAAAGCAUUUGAUUUCCGCUAAUCGUAACAUCCAUCCUACAUCAUUCGAAUAAGGACACAAGGAGAGUUCAAGUUUUCCUUGUUAGAUCUUAUAACAGGUUGACACAUCACGUGGUACACCGUUCUUGUCUAAUGAGCAAUCUUAAAGAAUUGAUAGUGGCUUCCAUAUUUUGGCCAACUAAAUCAAACGAGGCCUGGAAAGAUUCAAAAUGUUUACUGCAAAUAAAAAAAAAGGUCACCAGUGGCAAACCUUCGAACCACAACAGAAACUUAAGCACAAAAUCCAAUUAGUCGCUGGCCAAUACCUUCGUAUGUACCUGUUUUUGUAACACUCACUUGGGGUCUUACACUGAGCCGGCUGGGCAUUUGGUCCAUUAUUCUCACUUGAUUUGGUCCCAUAUAGGAACAAAAGGAGUACUCAUUCCAUCUUAAAACAAUUGUUUCCUGUAAGGAGUCCUCUAAAGCAAAUACCAUGGAGAUGGUAAAAAAUUAUCCUACCCUGCGUAUAUACAACUCGUAAGACCUUGCAAUUCUUCCGAGCGUGUUCUGGAUUACUGUUUUUCUACAAAAUGGAAAGGAUGGAAUAAACCAUCCAUUACUACUUGAGUUAAGCUAUCUAAGGAUCAAACCAAAGACACAAGGCCAACAACGCAAAAAAUGAUACCCUAUUAAAGGCUCGAGAUCCUCAAAAACCAUACCCUAUCAGGCGGUACUUACCUAUCUAGCCCAUCCAUAUAUGGGAUUAUCCCCCCCCCCCCCGCCGAAGACUUCACGUGUCACGUGGCAAGCAAACAUGGAUUUGGACGACGAAUGCCAGGUUAUUCAUGAAUUUUCUGUUGUUAAAUGUUGCCUUUCUGAUUUAAAUAUUUUUGAAUUUAAACGUGAUUCAUAUCUUUUUAGUGAUAUGUCACAGGAAGUUUCAUGUCUUUCAUAAAAGCGUUUCUAGUUAGUCACGUGAUUAAUCAAGGCAGAAAAAUUUAUAGCGGAAGAAAUGAAUGUUUGACCAAAGAAAAUGUUACGGACAUGUUACAUGGUGGCAGACGUCAUCAUGUUUGUUUAUGAAGUAGCAUGCAUAUUUUGGCAUUAUAUCAAUGUUGACGAAUUAAGUUGAAUCACUCUCAAAAAGUUAUUACAAAGUGCGAUAGAAUUAUUACAAAUUGUGACAGCUUAGUUUAUUACAAAGUGCGAUGGACUGUUAUCACAAAUUGCGACACCUUUUUUAUUACAAAGUGCAACACGGUUUAUUACAAAUUGCGACAGGUAUUACAAAGUGCGAUGAUUAUUACAAAUUGCGACAGUACAUACCUUCCUGCAUAAAAAUUCGGUAUAGGUUUCCUAAUGAGCGUCUCUCUUACGCAAUAGGAACAAUUAUAAGGCUUGCCUAUAGACUUGCCCGGUAAGUAACUUUAGUCGGUUUGUCAGAACGUCUAGUUACAAAAUAGGAGUAAUUCAGGAGCGAUCACCUGGCAACGCGAGAAACGGCUUAUGUCUUCUAUUUAGCGCUAAUAAUCGAAUAUAUAAACAAAACACACACAUUCAGAAAGUGGAGCUGAAAACUCUUUAUUUCAAUUUUGACUGACUAUUACAAAACCGUUUACUCCUUUCUAUCUCGAAGAAACGACUAAUUAUUGAAGUCUCAGCGCUUGGUGAGCUUAUUGCCUUGUUUCACGCGUUGUUAGUCACUUAAUUAUGCGAGUUAACAAGCCAAAGGUUGCAUACAAAUUGGCUCCACAGUAAAAACUUCAAGGCAAUACCUUGACUAUAAAAACAAAAAAAAAACAAUACAUUUAUUAAUAACUUAGCAAGGAUCAAUUGAGUUGUUCCUUUUAUUGUCUUGUUCGCCCUCAGGUUCAAUUUCUUCCUCAUCGUCCUCAUUAUCGCUCGCCAUCAAAUCAAUCCCUCUACUUUCAUCUUGGCUUUCUGCCUCUUCGCUUUCUUCCCCUUGUUCGCUGUCGAGUCCGCUUUUGUCAGACUCUACAUUUCCUUCUUGUAUAUCUACAGGUAUUUGCGCGAGUUGAUCUUCAUGCGUCUCACCAAGGUUUGGGGCAGAUGCUUGUUUCAGUGAUUGAAACAUGGGUGUGAACUGUUAACGGAGCAGAGGGGAACUUUUCAAGCUUAUCUUGGUGAGGUACUGGGUAAACUCUGUAAUAAACGCGUUUGGGUCGCCGUUAGACACGAAACAUUUGGGUGCUUGGUAAUCAGGCACGUUACAACUACGUAUGCUGGCACUCAAGGGUACAGAUUGCUACUUUAAUUUAUCUGUGUUUUUUUAAUUCUUGUGUUUUCUCCUUGUCACAGUAGCAUUCGAAAUUAAAUGUCGCUCGAUACGGAAAAUAGCGUGCUUCUUCAGGAACGACAAUGCCUUCUUUUUCUAGUUCUCGAAAAACGGAUUUUGGUAGUCGUGCUACACGCUACCCGGGUACUUGAGCUGCACUUUGCCGUCACAGGUCUUCUCGUGACGACUUCAACGGGACCCUUUCUUCCAAUAUUUACCGCAAUGGGAACAACAGAAGGAUCUAGAGUAACGCGCCAGAUCUUUGAUGUACGAGAAAUGGUAUUCGUACAAGUUUAGGUAAUGCUUAAUGGCAGUGCGGACGGCCGAUCAGUGUAGCGGCCGCGAUAUCAGAUUCAUUUUCUUCGUUGUCUUCUCUAUGGGUUUGAGUGAGUGCUAAGCUGUACACUUGGAUUUUCACUUUGUAUAAUUUUUCUACUUCGUCCAGUUCACUUAACUUUACACCAUGGAAUUUCUUUUUCUCUAAACUGACUCAACGUUAACUCAAAACAUGUGAAUAUUAAUUAAAGUAUAGGUUUUCUUAUCGACACUAAAUCGACAGUAAAGAGGAGUAAAUUGACCAUUCUAACCCACUAUCUCGUAUUACAUCACACAUGCUCCACCUCUAAAAACAUUUAAGAUUACGAUUUAACACUAGCUUAGUAUUUACCAAUUUUAUAUUCAUGGUAAAACAGACAGCGUUACAUUAAGUUUAAUACUCUAUGAUAAAGCUCGGGUAUGUUGAGCACUAGGCCACCAUUCCUCCUUUUUUCUCUCCUAUUUUACAUGUUUUCGUUUUACAGUUUGUUUUAGUUUUGAUUAUUUUUGCCAGGCUGUAAAUGGUGGCAUCAGCGGCUUGUACCAUGCAGCCUUUAUUUUGUAUGUAACAUUUUUUUUUUAACUCAUAUUCACGCAGAUGCUUGGACGACAGCAACACUCUUAUCACAUUCACCCACAUCAUCACCUUCACCCAUAUCUUCAUUGAUAACAAAAACAUCUGCAACAUCGUUAUCAUCAAAGACACUCAUAUCAACAUCGAUAACAGAAAAGUCAUCACCUACAUCAUCAUCGAUGACACGUGUACCAACACUGAUGGCACAAACAUCAACAACAGCAACAUUAUCAUCAUCGCCCAUAUCAACAAUGACAGCAGAAUCGACAACUGCGUCAUCACCGUUACCUGUACAAUCAUUGACAACAGAAAUAGAAAAAACAUCGCCAUCUUCAACGUCACCCAUACCAACUUUCAUGGGAGAUUCAUCGACCGCGGCGACAUUACCGUCAUCUGUACCAUCACCGAAAUCACAAGCACCACAAUCAACAAUAAAACAGUUAUCAUCAAAAACAACACAAACAACGACUGCGAAAAAAUUGGUGAGUUAUGGUGGAUUGUUAAUAACUACAGUCUAUUGAAAACACAAGCAUGAUAAAAACACAACAAAUUAUUUCACCUCAAACUCGCGCAACCUGCAAGAGAAGAUAUGAACUGCAUGGUAGCUCACAAGAAAAGAUACAAAUGUUAAUGAAAAUUGCUGAGGUCAGGAUAAUUGUCUUCUGUGAAACCGGCCAUAGCCUUUGAGAGUCAUCUCCCAUUAUUGAGGCAGCCCAUUGAGAACAAAAGUUAGUUUCCUUCAGGACUGAAGGGUCCCAACAGCUUAUUAUGAACUGCUACAGCGAAUAGGUUUAGGAACCACGCUGGAAAACCUUCGUGUCCAGGACAUGUUAAUAACUAUAAACGCCUGUUUUCAAGGCACCGCCCCCACUUGCAUUAAGGAACUCGUUAAAAUGAGAGACAACAAGUACGAUUUAAGGGGCAAUAAUACGCUAUCACUGCCAAAAGUAAAUACUACAAAGUAUGGAUUAAACUCCUUCAGAUAUUUCGCCGCAAAACAAUGGAACAGUAUUCCAAACGAAUUACGAUUAAGAGCUGGAGGACUAGAAUUUAACAAACAAGUGAGGAACAUUCAAUUUUAGUUAUCUCAUUUUGUAAUUUUAGAUGUCAGAUAUUUUAUAUUUUUACACUUCUAUGUACAUAUUUUCUUUCUUUCUUUCUUAAUAUUGAUUUGUGGAAAACCUGCAAAAUAGCUUUAGCUAAGUGUUUCUCCCACGUUAAAUAAAGAUUAUGUUAUGUUAUGUUAACAGUGCACGAAGAAUUCCUAAGACAACAACUACGAUAAUUUAAUUUGAUGCGUAACAUGACAACCGUGGAACCAUAGAAAAGGAAGGAAUAAAAGACGGUGAAAAAAAUCAAUUAAUUAUGUCUGAAUGUUGAAAGAGGCUGGUCGGUGCCAGUUAAGACAAGAGAGUUAUAAAUCGUGGUCUUUUGCCAAAGAAGAGGUCGCAAUUCUAUAAAUAAGGGAAUUUUAAUAAUCUUUAAUAAGGGGAUUUUGUUUCUGGUUUAAACCUCUGCAUGACGUCUUUCGGGGAUUCAGGUAGCUCCGAGUCUUUGAGUCCGAAGUGAACGCAGUCAGCAGACGCUGUGACAAUUAACUUUAGCCUUUAUUUGCGGACUACUCGCUAUUAGGGACUGGACAAUAGCUGAAAAGUCUCGCGACUUUUCAGCUAUUGUCCAGUCCGUAAUAGCGAGGUGUCCGCAAAUAAAGACUAAAGUUGACGGCGUCCGCCCGAAGCAAAAUUAAUAGUAAAUGCUGAUGUAGGGAAAUACUAUGGAGCAAACUUGGCCAGUUCACAAACAUUUACACAUUCCUUUGCAGGUAUCUCGGUACUCUUCAUCGAUUAGGGCUCUCAAUGUUAGCAACAAAGGUUCCUUACAGGUGAAGUCGUCUCUACCGCAAAUAACUAACUUGAUGCCUAAGUUGAAUACGGCCUUGAUCACUGGCUUAUUAAUUUCGCAUGUAUUUAUUGAUCAUUUUUAUUCUUGAAAUGAAGCACUCAAGAAUGAAAAAAUUUAGUCCAUGUUUUCAAGAUGAUUUCUUUCUGAUUUGAUAUCGGAAGGGACAAAAUUGGUUAAUUUGCUUGGUUCUUUUAGCUGAUAACAUCAAGCUGGUCAAAGACAGCCAUUCAGAUAUUGACAGAUAUUUGACAACGUUCAAUAUAAACUUAAUAUAUUCAUGAUAAAGAGUAGAUGGUCUUUCAGCGGCAUAUCUUCUGUAAUCCAUUUUACCUUUUUUUUUUCCUUUUUCACAGGAAGCAAUCAAUGCAACCAGAAUUUUUUUCGGAGAUUUACAAAAACUACCGCCAGGAGGAAAUGACAUAAAUAUACUGGUAGCCAUUCACGAACUGGAAUCAUUUGGAAUUAAAUACGGCAAGACUCAUCUCACAGCGAAUGAAAGCACAGUUAUUGUACAUGUGCAAAAAUUGUUUGGUGAGUUUUAUGCUCUGUUUGACGUCAGGUCUUUUUAUUCAUUUUUCAGUUGA